AUGUCACUCAAGAGGCAAUCUAUACGAUACGUAUUUAUAGGGAAUAGCACUGACACAGCUACACUGACAAUUCUAGUAGAUUCAUGGGUCACAGUCACACAGUCAGGUGAGGCGCGUAGUGUACGGUGCGACGCGACGACCGAGGAACGAGGAGCGCGGCUACGCAGCGUAGCGGCUCGUAGCGUGCGCGUAGCUCACGCGAGUGACUCGACUGGCGGCCCCGGUGCCGACGCGGACACGACUGCGACCCACAGAGUACCC